GCCCUGCUUCACUCCUCUACGCUUUGUUACGAAUAUUGCUUUGAUACCCUGAUACCCACGUUAUAUAUUGCUUGUACACUUGACUUCGCAUGGGAUUCUGUCGACGUUGCGGUGAGAUAGUCGUUGGCGUCCGUUGUAAAUGCGGCGGAUCCUCAGUUGCUGCUGUUGUCAAAUGGUCACAAGGUGAUGAUGACUCCAAACAAGACCGUUGGUCACGCACAUACGUAACCAAAGACACUUCGCCCUCACGUCCGGAGAGUACUUCCACGACGGCGUCCAGUGUUAGUGGACCUAUCAAACCAUCCUACACUGGGUCAAACCAAGCGAAGCGUUUUCCCCGGCCAGGAGGUUACUCUUCAUCCCCCCAGACGCGACUUGAGGCAAGAGUGUCUGCUCACAUCGCUUCAGCUACUACUCCCCGACCAACUUCACCUCUCAAGCAUUCAGCCACUGCAUCUGAGGACUCUAACGCCGAAGAGGGCAUUCUACCCAAUCUUCAUCAUGGUAGCGAACUCGCCAAGGUUUACGGCUCAGUGUUGCAGCCAAAGGAAUCGCUGGAUUCAUACGCAUGCGCUAUAUGCUCUACGGUGUUUCCUCCGGAUGCUACUAUAUACCCGGACCCAUCAACAAUCUCACCUUCUGGAGAGAGAUUAGAUUCAGGUCUUGGUACCCGCUUCUUAUGCCGCCCUUGCUUUGUCGAGCACGGGGGUUCGAAGGGCGACUGUCCAGCAUGUCAUCGCCCUGUUCUCAUCUUGAAGGCUGAAGGCGGGUUCGUUGAGGCAGCGGGUAAUGUCUGGCAUAGGAAGUGCUUUAACUGUGACGGCUGUCUGAAGAAUAUUGGGGACCAUCCUAUGGUUGAUCUCUUAGGAAGACCUAGCUGCGCAGACUGUUUUGAGACCUGUCUCAAAAGACCUACUCGCGAUAGCACACCGACCAGUCCCAUGAACAACAAGGUAGACAGUCGAAACAAUCUUGGAGGGUUCAAGCGGACGGAUCGAAGUCGUGAAGGGAGCCCUGCCUUGGAGGAGCUUGAGCAGAGGCUCGGCAUCAUCAGAAGUAGGGAAAACACGCCCGCUAAAGAGGAGAGGGUGGGCCGGCUUAAUUUGGAUGCCUUCAGUCCUAAGACCCACGACCCCCAAGGUAGCCCGGCCUCUAACCAUUAUCGUUCAUCGUAUAGUCGAGAGUCCAGUCCCACAGUGGAACGACUUUCAGGUCGUGUCAGGGCUAACUCUUCCACAAACAUUGGAUUUGCUUCGCCGUACUCGAACAAUACUUCUUCCACUCGUAUUCUAAAUCGUUACAAGAGCCCAGAACCAGACUCAAGUGACACAGAUGCUGGCAGUCCUCGCAUGCGUCGGCAAUCGUAUUCCAGACUCAAGAGUCCCGAGCCGGAGGUGGAUGAUGGCGUUCUCAUGCGCCGUUCCUUGAACCGGUUUCAAAGCCCUGAACCGGAUAUCAAAUCAAGUACGCCCAUGUCUGGUUUGUCGCGAAGCCCUCGACAUAGCAGCCCGAGCCCUAAACCCACGGAGGCUGCAAUCGAGGAGAUGAAGCGUAGAUUCUUAAACCAGGCUUCAAGUCCUAGGUCAGGUGCUCAAUCCACAACCUCGUCCACCACAACCACCCCGCGGCGUAGGUCCAGAUCAAGACCACGUACCAGCGAUACCCCUACAGUUAUCGAUGAUGUUUUCCUUGGCAAGGAGAACAUUGAUACGACAUCCCGCAAGGGGAAUGAUGUUGAAUCACGAGUACCGACCGUGAGCUGGUCCUUCACUAGUCCUGGACUGAAGACAAGGGCGUCUACUUCAUCUCUUCGCUCCGCUUUGAAGGCACAGACUACUGGUGGAACCGAAUUCAGUGGUUUACGUUCGCAACGUACCGGAGAAUCUACCAUGCCGCUUAUUCGGAGUCAGAGGACGGGAGAUACUGAAUACACGAUACAACGUGAUCUGACAGGUGGAACAUCGUACCUUUCACGCCAGAGGACCGGAGAUACCACGUACAUUUCCCAACAAGAUACAGGAAUGACGAGUGGCCGCACAAUCCGUCGUCAAAGGACGGGAGAUACGGAUUACGUUCGUCGCCAGCCUACUGGUGAGACUCUAUACCCACAAUCGACGGGUCAGACCGAUCACGUCCGUCGACAAAGAACGGGAGACACCGAGUUACGAAGUCAGAAGACGGGUGAUACCACCCAUACCCUACGGAGACAAAGAACAGGGGAUACGGAAAUUCGUGCCCAAAGGACUGGGGAGACAGUAUACACCUUACGCAGAGAUCGCACUGGGGACGCCGAAGUGGAAUCUUUACUAGGUGCUAUACCUACCAAGGAAGAUGGGGAUCUCAUUGAUCUAUCUAUUCCUGCUUCCCAUUCCAGUGGACCUAUGUCUAAGAUCCCGAUACCUACAAGACGUUCCGUUGCAUCUGUUGCGGGUAUCCGGACCAGUAGGUCUAACACCUCUCUUAGACAGGCAUAUGGUCAAUCCGUCCCACCUACACCGGACUUGUCGGACUUCUCAGAUACCAUGUCUACCCAGUCGAGCGGACCGUCUACGCCGCCGUCUAUCAGUCCGCCGUCUCGAAGGUCCCGCGAUAGCCUCUCAAAGAGUCCGAUAGAACUUCAGCAUACAGGAAGCAAGAACACUACACCCACGCCCACGCCGAAAUCCAAGAGGACGGUCGGUGGUAUAACUAUACCUGAGCCCUUGCCUGCGGACACACGUUGUGCGAAGUGUCACCUUCCAUUGUUCAACACUAAGCAUGGUGGCAAAUUCGUGACUGUUCCGGAGGAGCCCACUAGUAGUGGCAUCCCGCCGAAGACGUAUCAUACUUCGUGCUUCAAAUGUAACGUAUGUGGCGACGUGUUCGAGGAACGUGAAGGUGGUCAUGCUGUCUUUGUACGAGGCGAGGAAGGAGCCUGCCAUUGUGCGCCCCCGGAGAAGAUCACUCUCAGGAAGGUUCCUACUGUUACGUCUACACCAGCCAGUAUCUCUUCUCGUCCCCUUACCUCGAUACAGACUUCUAGCGCGAAAUACGUCACUUCUUCUGUUACUUCCUCGAGCCGCUACGAGCGGCCACCUCCUACAGCACCUCCUACAGCCGCGACCUUCACAUUCCCUCCUCCACGUUUUGGUGGUAAUUCUACGUGCCCUGAGUGUAACCAAGCCGUGUCCCUCAUGGAGAGAGGAGUUGUUCCGGGACCACAAGGCUCAAGGUGGCACGCAGCAUGUCUCAUCUGCGGUGGGAAGGAUGCGAAGGGUCGACGCAAAGAAUAUGGCAAACCUGGAUGUGGUAAGAAGUUGGACAGUGCGGCGAAAACUGAUGCUGAAGGUCACGUUUGGUGUCGAGAAUGUUUGCUUCUACUUCCCCCUUCACAACGCCAGGCAUCGCCUAUUCCUUCACCCAUUGUACCUACCGCCACCGGCGGUCGUGGUACCGUUGUCGCGCCACAAUACACUGGGACUACGACCAUCGCUCCCCAGUUCACCGGCAUUGGAGGGUCUGACGCCGCGCUUCUGAGACAGCUUACUGGAGGUGGAUUGAGUCCCACUCGACAGUUGUCCUCGAGCCCCACAAAGAUGCAUGACGGUCCUCGUCCAGGUGCGGCUCGAUAUCCUCGUCCCAAGUCUGUGACUGGCGUGAGGAGUGCUGGCGGAGAAGGUCGGGGUAUGUUCUUGGUCCGACAAUUGACGGGUGGGAACAACAGCUUCAGUGGAAAUGAUUACGGACUAUGAUGACAGGUUGCAAGGAAUAUGAAUACUUGACAGGAUCAAUUUCGCUCUGUGUGUAUAUGGACAAUGUUGGAUCUUUGCAUCGUGUUUUCUUUUGGUUCGUGUUGUUCUCGUUGCAUUUGCUGUCCAAUCGGUAUCCAUGGAAUACCCAUGUAUCACAGUUUUCAAUAUGUAUCAUGUGAAGUAAUGAACGUCAAUGAGUCAUAUUUACAAUCUGG